AUAUCAUCCCCGAAACACACAGCCUCUCUCUUCAUCUUCCCUUUCCCUCAUCAUACAAUACAAACCCACCCCAUUCAUCUCGAUCCCUCUCUCUUCUCCCUAGCAUCGAUUUUAACCUCUCUCAGAUCCUCCCUCUUUGACUUUUCCUUGACACCCGUAGUCGCUUUCCCCCCUUUUCCUUCGAUUUAGGGUUUCCUCUUAUAAAGCUUUCGGUUAUUGAUUCCCUUUUUUCGAAUUUUAUCCUGCGUCUGAUCCGAUCUCUCCCCUUGAGCUCAGCUUGAAAUCGAACCGGUUUUACAAUAUGUGUUUCUGCUGAUCGGUUAGGAUUGGAUUGUGGUAUGAUGGUGGGGACUCAACGUGUAGAUGGCUCGGUGGUGAAUUCUCCCAAAAGCUAUGGAAUUACGAAGCCUCUCUCGCUUGCUGGUCCUUCCUCUGCUGAUUUCAAACGUAACCUGGAGCUUGAGAAGUUCUUGGUUGACGAGGGACUCUAUGAGAGCGAGGAGGAUACUAUGCGGAGAGAGGAAGUUCUCGGGCGAAUUGAUCAGAUUGUGAAGCACUGGGUGAAGCAGUUAACCCAGCAACGGGGAUAUACGGACCAAAUGGUGGAGGAUGCAAAUGCUGUCAUUUUCACAUUUGGUUCUUACCGACUUGGAGUACAUGGUCCUGGGGCUGACAUUGACACUUUGUGUGUUGGUCCAUCUUAUGUUAACCGGGAGGAGGAUUUCUUUAUGAUCUUGCAUGAUAUGCUCGCUGAAAUGGAAGAAGUGACUGAACUUCAACCUGUUCCGGACGCUCAUGUUCCGGUCAUGAAAUUUAAGUUUCAAGGAAUAUCGAUUGAUCUGCUCUAUGCUAGCAUAUCUCGUUUAGUUGUGCCCCAGGAUCUCGAUAUAUCCAACUCUUCUGUUCUGUGUGAUGUUGAUGAGCCAACCGUUAGGAGUCUUAAUGGUUGUAGAGUUGCUGAUCAGAUUCUUAAACUUGUUCCAAAUUUUGAGCACUUUCGAACAACAUUAAGAUGUCUGAAGUACUGGGCUAAGAGGCGUGGAGUCUAUUCAAAUGUGACUGGAUUUCUAGGCGGUGUAAACUGGGCACUUUUGGUAGCUCGUGUGUGCCAGCUCUAUCCAAAUGCAAUUCCUAGUAUGCUUGUUUCUCGUUUUUUCAGAGUAUAUACUCAGUGGCGGUGGCCAAACCCGGUUAUGCUUUGUGCUAUUGAAGAGGAUGAGCUUGGAUUUCCUGUUUGGGACCCUCGUAAGAACCAUCGCGAUCGCUAUCACCUUAUGCCAAUAAUCACUCCAGCUUACCCAUGCAUGAAUUCUAGUUACAAUGUCUCUCAAAGCACUCUUCGCGUUAUGACAGAGCAGUUCCAGUUUGGUAACAGUAUCUUGCAAGAGAUUGAACUAAAUAAACAACAUUGGAGCUCUUUGUUUGAACAAUAUAUGUUCUUCGAGGCAUAUAAAAACUACCUGCAGGUUGAUAUAGUAGCAGCAGAUGCAGAGGAUUUAUUGGCUUGGAAGGGUUGGGUGGAGUCACGGUUUAGACAGCUGACAUUGAAGAUAGAAAGAGACACAAAUGGAAUGCUAAUGUGUCAUCCCCAACCAAAUGAGUAUGUCGACACGUCUAGGGAGGUUCUGCAUUGUGCCUUUUUCAUGGGCUUGCAGAGGGCAGAGGGAGUUGGUGGUCAAGAAUGUCAACAGUUUGAUAUCCGUGGUACCGUCGAGGAGUUCAGACAAGAAGUAAACAUGUAUAUGUUCUGGAAGCCUGGGAUGGAUGUGUAUGUUUCUCAUGUUCGUAGACGACAGCUUCCAUCUUUUGUUUUCCCAAUUGGAUACAGAAGGUCACGGCCUUCUAGGCAUCAAAACCAACCGGGUGGAAAAUCUGGUGAAGAUGGUACAGUUUCCAAUUCUGUGGUGGAGAGGCAUGUGAAGAGAAAGAACGAUAAUGGAAUGAUGGAUGCUCGGCCAGAAAAACCUGAGAAGCGCGCAUCUCUUAGCCCACACAGUUUAGACAUUGUUUCUCCUGACAAUAGUGCUAUCACUACUGGCUGUACCCCUCCUCUAUGUAACCUUAGAAGAUCUCCUAGUGAAGGAAUUGAGGCUGCAAAUUUGAACACUGAUAGUGCUGAACUCACAAACUUCACCCGAGAUGAGUGUAACUCUGGCAGCGAGCAAGCUCUGGAAGUAGAUAGUAUGGCUCUUGUUCAGGAAUACUCUGAUCCGGCUGAGGGUUUUGGAAAGUGUGUGACACCUGAUUCUAGUGACGUGGUAGCAACUGAAAGUGGUCAGGAAGAAAACCUAGAUCGUGAUUUGAGGUGCGUAUCGAUCAGUGUUGUCGAUGAAGUUGAGAGGGAAACUGCGAAUAGUGUUCAGCUGAGUAGAUCUUGCGGGCAGAACCGUGAUUACGAGGAAUUUGAGUUUCCUGCUACAAAGUCAGAUUCUUUCGCGGGAAAGGGAAACCUGAAGGGCAUACCUGAAGACCUUCAGGCAAACUCUUUGGUCAGCGGGAUGGAGAAGGCAGAAGACGGAGCUAGGUCAGACUCUUUGCAGAAGUCACAGAUAAGGCAAAAUCAUGAUGUCUUUAUGUUAUUGUUUAUUUUUGUUUCGUGGUGCUUUUAUAGCAGCAGCAGGUUGAGCUUAAAGUCCACUGUGUGAACGUCCUUUAGGCUAUUGACGUGAUAACCAAGACUGAAAGAUCAAUUCAAAAUGUUGCGGACGAUUGACGACAGAGUACAAAACCUUUGGUAAGUUAAAUUUUUAUAUGAAAAAAAAAAAGUAAAAAAAGACAUUUGAAAAAUCCAAAAAAAAAAGAGAAAAAGAAACAAAAUUAGAUAUAAGCAAGGAACGUUGGAUGGAUUUGUUUUGUUGAGUGGAAGAUCAUAACUCACUAUGCGUCAUGAGGUGGUGGGGCAAUGAUCAUCACUCAUAUUAAUACUUCUGGAGAGAGGGGUUGAUUUAUAAUGUUGAAUGCUUUGUUUUUUUUUUCGUUCGGCUGUUUCAGACACCUGUUUUGGUACUUAAGAUGGCUGGCCCUCUUUGAGGUUUGACUUGAAUCGUUGUGUUUUCUAUUUCCUGUUUUAUGUAUAUAAGAAUGUGUUUCCCCAUGAUUAUAUGAGUAGUACAAUGCAAGGCUUUAAAAAAAAUCUGGAAAAAGAGGUUUGUGAUUUGAUAUCUCAAAUGAUUAGCGUGUAAUCUUUACUUUGAAGACUCGUUUACUCUUCAUUUUUGAUGGAAAUGAUUGAAAAUUG